GUUGCAGAGCCGACCAGAGGAGUUUUUUUCUUUUCUUUUUUCUUUUUUUUUUUUGAGGGGGGGGUCUCAAGUAGGAGGCCUCCCCACCACCCCCACCCUAGUCCCCCCCACCACCCCCGGCCUAAGCAGCUACCAUGGCCGAGGUCCCCGGCGCGGCGUUGUCCCAGGCGGGCUGGUAUCUUUCAGAUGAAGGCAUUGAAGCUUGCACAAGCUCUCCUGACAAAGUCAAUGUAAAUGACAUCAUCCUGAUUGCUCUCAAUACAGAUCUGAGAACAAUUGGCAAGAAAUUCCUCCCCGCUGACAUCAAUAGUGGAAAGGUAGAAAAGCUUGAAGGUCCAUGUGUUUUGCAAAUUCAAAAAAUUCGCAAUGUUGCUGCACCAAAGGAUAACGAAGAAUCUCAGGCUGCACCAAGGAUGCUGCGAUUGCAGAUGACUGAUGGUCAUAUAAGUUGCACAGCAGUAGAAUUUAGUUAUAUGUCAAAAAUAAGCCUGAACACACCACCUGGAACUAAGGUUAAGCUCUCAGGCAUUGUUGACAUAAAAAAUGGAUUCCUGCUUUUGAAUGACUCUAACACUACAGUUCUUGGUGGUGAAGUGGAACACCUUAUUGAGAAAUGGGAGUUACACAGAAGCUUAUCAAAACACAAUAGAAGCAAUAUUGGAACUGAAGGUGGACCACCUCCUUUUGUGCCUUUUGGACAGAAGUGUGUAUCUCAUGUCCAAGUGGAUAGCAGAGAACUUGAUCGAAGAAAAACAUUGCAAGUUACAAUGCCUGUCAAAGCUACAAAUGAUAAUGAUGAAUUUGAAAAGCAGAGGACUGCUGCUAUUGCUGAAGUUGCAAAGAGCAAAGAAACUAAGACAUUUGGAGGAGGUGGUGGUGGUGCUAGAAGUAAUCUCAAUACCAAUGCUGCUGGUAACCGAAAUAGGGAAGUUUUACAGAAAGAAAAGUCAACCAAAUCAGAGGGAAAACAUGAAGGUGUCUACAGAGAACUGGUUGAUGAGAAAGCUCUGAAGCACAUAACGGAAAUGGGCUUCAGUAAGGACGCAUCGAGGCAAGCUCUUAUGGAUAAUGGCAACAACUUAGAAGCAGCAUUGAACGUACUUCUUAACAGCAAUAAACAGAAACCUGUUAUAGGUCCUCCUCUGAGAGGUAGAGGAAAAGGCAGGGGGCGAGUAAGAUCUGAAGAUGAAGAGGAUCUGGGAAAUGCAAGGCCAUCAGCACCAAGCACAUUAUUUGAUUUCUUGGAAUCUAAAAUGGGAACUUUGAAUAUGGAAGAACCUAAAUCACAGCCACAGCAGCUUCAUCAGGGACAAUACAGAUCAUCAAAUACUGAGCAAAAUGGAAUAAAAGAUAUUAAUCAACUGAGAUUUCUUCCUCGAAAUGAUACCAGGCAGCCAAGAAAUGAAAAACCGCCUCGUUUUCAAAGAGACUCUCAAAAUUCAAAGUCAGUUUUAGAAGGCAGUGGAUUACCUAGAAAUAGAGGAUCUGAAAGACCAAGUACUUCUUCAGCAUCUGAAGUAUGGGCCGAAGACAGAAUCAAAUGCGAUAGACCAUUUUCUAGAUAUGACAGAACUAAAGAUACUUCGUAUCCUUUACGUUCUCAGCAUAGUGAUGGUGCUUUUAAAAAAAGAGAUAACUCUAUGCAAAGCAGAUCAGGAAAAGGUCCCUCCUAUGCAGAUGCAAAAGAAAAUCCACUUCCUCAAGAAUCUAUAGAUUAUAAUAAUCAAAAACGUGGAAAAAGAGAAAACCAAACAUCUAAUCCUGAUCAUUUUUAUGACAGGAAAUCACGAACAAUAAAUAAUGAAGCUUUCAGUGGUCUAAAAAUUGAAAAACAUUUUAAUGUAAAUACUGAUUAUCAGAAUCCAGUUCGAAGUAAUAGUUUCACCGGUGUUCCAAAUGGAGAGGUAGAAAUGCCGCUGAAAGGAAGACGAAUAGGACCUAUUAAGCCUGCAGGACCUAUCACAGCUAUACCCUAUGAUGAUAAAAUAUUUUACAAUAGUGGGCCCAAAAGAAGAUCUGGGCCAAUUAAGCCAGAAAAAAUACUAGAAUCAUCUAUUCCUAUGGAGUAUGCAAAAAUGUGGAAACCUGGAGAUGAAUGUUUUGCACUUUAUUGGGAAGACAACAAGUUUUACCGGGCAGAAGUUGAAGCCCUUCAUUCUUCAGGUAUGACAGCAGUUGUUAAAUUCAUUGACUACGGAAACUAUGAAGAGGUGCUACUCAGCAAUAUCAAGCCCAUUCAGACAGAGGCAUGGGGUGUCCAUAGCUGAGGAGCACAUUUCCUAUUCCUCACUUGUAGCUUUUCUAUUCAGAGAUGUUUGGUCAUGAAGUGAUCAUUUUCUUUCUACAGUCAGUAGAAAAAGUCUUUUCCUGUUUCUCCCUUAAUAGUCCUCAUGGCUUUAUUCUUGAUUUUAGGUUUGUAUAAGCUUAGCUGGACAAUAAAUUUGUCAGGUGUCACAGCUUAUUUAAUGAUUCUGUUAUGAACUACAGCAAUACUUUCAUAUUCUUCCUACUUAUUUAUGAAUAUUUAUGCUUUAUUGUGUCAUUUUUUAACCUAUUUUCUUUUUCUGCAGUCAACUUAAAAUCUUUUAUAAAAUACUCGAAAUAUUUUACAGAAAGAAGCAGGAUAGAAUCACUAAAUCUUUUGGAGAUUCUGAUAUUUCUUUUCUCCUACUUUUAUAAUCAAGUGAUUGUUGAUGUUUAUGAAUUUGCGUAAAUUAGUAUAGCAAACAUUUCUGAAUCAUGCACAUCAUGAUCAGCCUUUCUUUCUUAUCUGCAUAAAUAAUUAACUUAGUUCUGAGGAAUAUCUCCUUGAAAUAUAGAGGCCACCAGCUUAACAUAUCUUGACCUAUUUCCAUUUAAAAAAAUAUUUAUGUGCGUAUAGAUGUAAAAAAACCCUGAAGAAAUAUAGUCUGUGUUGUUGUCAGUACGUGUAAUGUAGAGUUAGUGCAGAAUUCUCUUAGCCUUCUGAGAGUAUUGAAAGUAUUAAUGUUGGAGUCUUAGAGUACUUUUUUAAAAUUUUGGUAAUAGGAAAACUAAUAAAUUUUAGGUUAAUUAAAAAUGUAUAAAAUUAUCAAAAACCAAAACAUUCACUGUACCAGUAAGAAGGUAACUGUAAUUGAUAAGUCAUACUAGAAAAAAUAAAGGGCUACAAAGCUGCAGGGAGGUGGUUAGAAGCCUUAGCACAAUUACAGUAUGGAUUGUGGAAUUUUUAAUUUUUUAACUUGUGCACUAUAUAUGCGCACUACAUUUUUUAAAUUGUGAAAUGAUAUUGUAUCUUUUAUUAAGAUUUAUGUUAUUGCCACAAGAUUUUGGAAAACUUGUUUUCCUAAAUAUAGCAGUGAACAUUUAGUGAAGAUUUUUUUAAACUAAGUUGCAGAAAAAGUCAAAAAACCCUGCAUAUAAGCCAAAAGCCUUUGUCAAAAAUUAGUUGCUUGUAUUGUCUUUUAAAAGUAUAAGCAUAAAUUAUUAAAUAAAAAGCAUGGUACAUUAAGUGACUCACUAAGUUAAUAGCUUGUAUGAAAAAUUAAAAUAAAAAUUAAGUUAAUGCUUCAACUGUUAAUGUUUUUCUCAUGAAAUUUAGAAAUUAUUUGCCUUAAAUUUGUCAGCAGGCCAAAUAUUUAUUUCUCCUUUUCGUGUGACUAUAUGUUUUCACUUCCAGAACAUACUCACUUGGGGAGUGUAUUUUACAUGGCCAAAAUGUGUGUUUUGAUUAUGAUUAAAUACUUAAUUUUCUUCAAAAUAAUUCAUUAAACUUUUGUUGUCAUCCCUGAUUUAUUUAUUCUAGCUAGAUUUCACCUGUUUUUUUUUUUUUUUUU